GACUUGGAAAGCUCCAGCUCCUCUUCCGAGGAGGACGACGACGAGUUCGAAGAGGAGUCGGAGGAAGAGAAGGCGGAGGUGGGCGUGGGCACGACAGCGAAGGCCAAGCCGCCGGAGCCGCCGGCUAGGAAGGAGGAGCCGCCGGCUAAGAAGGAGAAGAAAAAAGAAAAGGAGAAGGACCGCAAGCGACGCAAAGAGUCGCGGCGGUCCAGGAGGCGCUCCAAGGACCGGAAGCGUCGCCACAGGUCGCGCUCCAGGAGCCGAGGCCGGCACCGGGACCGCCCGCGCGCCAGCGAGGCGGCGCGGUUUGUUUCGGUGGCGCUGCAGAGGCGACCACGGUCGCCCGCCACAGGGCCAGGGCCGACAAGCGAGCAGAGGCGACCACGGUCGCCCGCCACAGGGCCGACAAGCGAGCAGCGAGCCGCUCUCCUGAGGCUGCGGCUCGCAGGCAGCAAGGGCGGGACGCCGGUGCGCAGCAGAGGACAGCGCAGCCCCACGCGUGCUGCGUCCGUCGUGAGCCAGCAGCACACUCCCACAGGGAGGGCGGCGUGUGCCGUGUGUGGGCGCAUGGUGUCUCAGACAGCACAAGCUGUGCAGCAGCAUAGCUACAGUGUGUUCCACCUCAUGGCGGUGGAGAGGGCAGCGAGACCCGGCCGUCCGGAGGAGGAGUACCGAGCUGCGGCUGAAAGGCGCAGCGCCGAAGCGUGGGGGGCCUACUACGAGGAGGGCACAAAGGCGUCGGCGUCGACGAAGGCGCCCUCCACGCGCCGCGGCACGCAGCACCGCGGCAAGAAAAAGGUUUGCGCGGCGGGAAGGGGCCAGGGCCAGGACCUGAAUCAGCGGAGCUGA